UGUAUUUAAAGGAAGGAUCGAGAAAUUGCAACUAUUUUGCCUCGUUUAUUUGAAUUGCAUCAACAUGCAACGGAUUUUUAUUUUGGCAUUUGUUGCAGUAACUGUAGGAGUGGUAACUGCGCAAAAAAUAAGCGGCGGUGGUUGCCCUGAUGUUCCUGUCAAACAAAAUUUUGAUGUCAACAAGUAUGUUGGAGUAUGGUAUGAAAUUGAGAAAUAUCCAAUGCCAUUUGAAUCUGGGCUAAAAUGUAUAACUGCAAACUACACAGCAAAAGAUGAUUAUGUUGUAGUUGUGAACGCUGGAAUAAGUGAAAGAACAGGUAAAGUUCAAUCUAUUGAAGGAAAAGCUACUAUUCCUGAUAAAAACGUUCCUUCAAAGUUGAAAGUAAAAUUUAAUUAUAUGCCAUUUAAGUCUAACUAUUGGGUAUUGGAUACCGAUUAUGAUGAAUAUUCAGUUGUCUACUCAUGCUUCAGCGUUCUACAUCUUUUCAAAACAGAAUUUGUAUGGAUUUUAUCUCGAGAAUCAGCUUUAGAAGAGGCAACGAGGGAGAACAUAUAUAAAUUUUUGGAUGACAACAAAAUCGAUCGCAAAGCUUUGACUGCUACAGUACAAAACUGUUAAGUUUCAAGAUUGAUGAAGAAAGAAUUCAAUAAAAAUAUUUAGAAGCAAA